CAAUAUGACCGUAAUACGCUGUACUUUGCGGUAACUUUAAAAAUGUAUUUAAUGAGAAAGAAGUUAAUAAUCAUAUUUAUGUGCUGAAUAUUCCGACAUUUUUCAAAAUGGAUACUGUGUAUAUAUACAUAUACGAUCAAAUUUUUAUAACUUUAUGGUGUGACAUGACCGUAACCCGGCGGGAAUAACGAUGCGAGCGCCGCGUCAUUUUAUUGGUAAUUUUGCAUCGUUCCUUCGUAAACUUCGUAUGUUGUUCUAUUAUGAUUUGAUAACAAAUUCUGCUUCUUAAUUUUCGGUAUUGUAUAUUGUUUAUAUGCAAUAACUGUUUAAUACAUAACUAACAGCGGAAACGUGUUUUGUGAAAAGACGUGAUUCUUUAGCGGCACCGUCCGCCAUUAUUGGCGUUUAUACGGCGUUCAACGUUUUCUUUCGCUUAUAGACGACGAAACCACGCCUAUAACCUGGAGUUUUACAUCAUACUAUGAUGGCACGCAGUCGUAAAGAUAGUACUGGCAAAAGCGAUUCCGAAGUAACGGAUAAAGAAAAUAAGAGAGAAAGAGGUAGAGAAAGAGAAAGAAAGAAGCGUGCAGCUUCAUCUUCGAGCAGUGGCAGCAGUUCAUCAGAUAGCAGCUCAGGAUCAUCAUCUACAAGCAGCGGAAGUAGUUCCAGAUCAAGUUCUACUUCAAGCAGUACCUCUAGUAGUUCAGGCAGUUCUUCUGGAAGUUCCAGAGAUAGAGGAAGGAAAAGAAGUCGAAGCAAAAGCGUUGAUGCUUCUCGCAGACAUGAUAAUAAAGAAAAGGAAAGAGAAAAAGAAAGGGAAAGAGAAAGAGAUAGGGAUAGGGACAGAGAUAGAGAUAGGGAAAAAGACAAAAAGAAAAGUAGCAAUUCUGUGAUCGAUAAACCUAAGCCAAAAGGACACUCUAGAUCACCCUCACCGCGUAGAAAACGCAGAGAAAGAUCACCGAUUCCUAGACCAACCAAAAUACAUAUUGGACAUUUGACACGCAAUGUCACUAAAGAACACAUUAUGGAAAUAUUUUCCACAUAUGGUCAAAUAAAAAUGGUCGAUUUUGCCAUGGACAAGCUUCAUCCUAAUCAAGGACGAGGCUUCGCGUAUGUGGAGUUUGAAACAGCGGAUGAAGCUGAAAAUGCAAUGAAACACAUGGAUGGUGGACAAAUAGAUGGUCAGGAGAUUACUGCUGCUCCAGUAUUAUUACCAAAACCACGGCCGUUACCGAUGCGUAGGAUGUCACCUCCAAUGGGAAGAAGACCACCACGAUGGGGUGGUGGUGGUAGAAAUACUCCCCCACGUUAUCGCAGACGUUCACCACCGAUUAAUCGACGCAGAAGCCCACGGCCACCGAGACGUAGACCACGAACUCGAUCGCGAAGUCCCCCAAAUAAUCCACGGCAUCGGCACCGUCGUUACACGAGAUCAAGCUCAAGCAGCUCGCGAUAGCAACAUUUUUCUGUACAUAUAAGAUAAAAACUGAAUUUGACCAAACUCAGUUUAUCCUGGUUGGUCGUCUUAAUAUAUUAAGCAAAACAGUUUUUACCAAUUCAUUCAAACGUAUUGACAGGGAAGUGUACGCACUUAAAACAAUAGACUUGUUCAUAACGGUGUUAACAGUAAUUUACAUUUCAAUGAUGAUAAUGAAGGAAGCACCGUUCGUGAUUCGCUGUUUUUCAAAUAUAUCAGUUUCACACGUGACAAAUA